UUACCCUCUCUUCUCAUUGGUUUUUGGCGUCCAUUUUUUAGCUCGUCUCUCGUUCUCUGCGAAUCCUGGAGUUUCAUGCCCGCUCCUUCCAUCUUCAGCUGGUGAUUCUCAUUCAUUUUCUGCUGCUCAGUCUAUUAUUACCUGCCUGUUUGGCUCCCAAGAAAAUCUUCCAGCGAGAAAGCAUAAGUUCAGACAGAGCGUUUCGUUUCUUGGUCAAUACUGGUUUUGUUAUUCAUUUUGGUGGCAAUUUCUGAAGGUUUUUGGAUUAGACAACUGCAUUCCUCAAUAUCGGGUUCACGCAGUUGGGUUCUUGAAGCCACUGCAUUCCUCAGUUAUUCAUGGAUUUUUCUGCUCAACACAAUCUUUUCUCCAUAGCGAGAGGCAGGCAGCCAUGUUCUCGUCAUCAUCUUUGGUGCCCUGCAUUUGAUGUACUGCUUGCUGAGUGGUAGCGACAAGAAGACACAAAGGUUGGGUGAAGCAGAUAUCUGAGAUUAAUCUGUAGCUCUUCAUCUCCGUAGCUUAAUCUGCUGUUACAUUCUUACAUAGUUUUUUCAAUAUAAGUGGUACUACAAAUCUUGAUUGAUGGACCUAAAGUCAAAUCAUGCAACUCCUGUUCUUACCGAUCCUGCUGCUCCCAUAAACAAGUCAAGACUAGGCAUGCAUUCCAGUCUGUUGCCUUAUUCACCUCCACUAGCAGUUUUCCCUCCAGGCAUUCUUUUGACAAUCCCUAGAAAGAAGGCUGGAAUACUUGAUGAAUUUCGAUCUAGCAUCUGGCUGGAUGCCAUGAAAUCUUCAUCUCCUCCUCCUAAGAAGAUAACCAAGGAUGUUAGCAACGAGUAUUCAUCAACUGAUGCUGAUGUUGCAUACAACGCCUGGAUGGCUAAGUAUCCAUCAGCAAUUGCGUCAUUUGAGCAAAUAGCAAAUCAUGCAAAAGGAAAGAGAAUAGCAUUGUUUCUGGAUUAUGAUGGGACACUUUCACCAAUAGUAGAUAAUCCUGAAUGCGCAUUCAUGUCUGAUGCUAUGCGUGCUAAUGUAAAAAAGGUGGCAAAAUACUUCCCAACAGCAAUAAUUAGUGGAAGAAGCCGUGAAAAGGUUUAUGAGUUUGUAAGGCUAACAGAACUCUAUUAUGCGGGUAGUCAUGGGAUGGAUAUCAUGGGUCCUGUUAGAGAACACAUAUCUAAUGACCUGCCUGAUUGUAUUAGAUCGAUGGAUGAACAGGGUAAGAAAGUUAAUUUGUUCCAGCCUGCUGGUGAAUUUUUACCUGUGAUUGAUGAGGUUUUUAGAUCCCUUGUUCAAUGCACCAAAGAUAUUGUAGGAGCAAAAGUUGAGAAUAAUAAGUUCUGUGUCUCUGUACAUUACCGUAAUGUAGAUGAGAAGAGUUGGACUGUAGUAGCUCAACGUGUCCAUGAUGUUCUAAAAGACUACCCACAUCUGCGUUUGACUCAUGGUCGCAAGGUUUUAGAGGUUCGCCCGGUGAUCAAUUGGGAUAAGGGAAAAGCUGUCACGUUUUUACUGGAAUCACUGGGGUUGAGUCACUGUGAUGAUGUGCUCCCCAUAUAUGUUGGAGAUGACCGGACAGAUGAAGACGCAUUUAAGGUUUUGAGAGAGGGCAAUCGAGGUUAUGGGAUUUUAGUCGGUUCUGCUCCCAAGGAAAGCAAUGCAGCUUACUCGCUGAGGGAUCCAUUGGAGGUCAUGGAAUUUCUCAAGUCACUGAUGACAUUGAAAAAGUGAAGUGCUUUAUAAAAUAUUUUGACAGAUACAAAGAGUAAAUUACUCUAAUAUACACAUAUACAGUAAAACAGCCUACAUCUCGUUUUGUGUUUUCUUUUCUAGAGAAUAUAUAUGGAGAGGUUUUGAAGUUGGAUAAGUGUUGGAACACAGCUCAGAGCUUCUUGUCUUCAUAUAUAUAUAUAUA